AUGUACGAGAUGUCAGGUAUAGACAGCCUCUUUCAUGAUCGAGUUGUUCAUGAUUACUCUCAUACUAGUGAGCAGGUUAUCGUCGUUUACAUUAGUUCAGCAGCCGGGGACAAUUCUUGGCUUCAUCAGUGGUUCAAACCAGGAAAUCUUAGUGACGAGGAGCGCGAAAACAUACUGUGGGUAAGGUUAGUAAAUGGUACUAAAGAGUGCUUGCUUUUCAAGAGCAUUUUCCCCUCCUCAUCGGCGCCAAGCAUUAACAUAUUACAGAACGGUCUACUCGAAUGUUCUAUCCAAGGUAAUAGCCUUUCUCGUGAGCAGGAUCCUUGGGAAACCUUUAUCAAUGGGUUACAAUCAGUCUUUAAGGGUCAAGUAACAAAGAGGAAGUUAUUUUCCAAGAGCAAUGAAGAAUAUCAAAGAGUCAAAAGAAUGAUUCAGAACGACAAGUUGGAGAGGAAGUAUGUUUUUCAAAAUACUAAUGACCCGCAAAGAAAGCCACAGAAGUGGAAGCAGUUGACAGUUACUGAUAAUGUUAGUUACAAGAGUCAAAAGGGGUUUCUCGCCCAGAACUACUGUACUCUACAAUUGAAACUGCCCAAUGGUUACACAAUCUCUAAUACUUUCCCUCCUCAAACAAAAUUACACAAAGUAAGGAUGUGGUUAGACUAUAAUUGCUACGAUGAUGGAACACCUUACCUUUUCCACAGAAAUAUACCAAGAGUGACUCUUACGCGAAAUGACGAACUCAAAAGUUUGCAAGAGUUGGAUCUGUUGCCCAGAUCGACUCUCAUCUUAGAACCGCUGGAAGCCAAUAACAAAACAUUCGACUACAUGGAACAAUCUUCUCUUCUACACAAGGUUUACUCAGGUUUGACAUCUUUUUGGGCGAAAGAACCGGAAGUAGAUGCUUCCUCCUCCCGUCUUGGUUACCAGAGGUUGGGCACAAAUGUGUCAAACAGCGCCAACUACUCUUUACAAAAAUUAUCUAGCUUAGACAUGGUGUCGGACGGGGGAGGAGGAGGUGGUGGUGAUUCAAUGACUCCUUCAGCAUAUACUACCCCAAGGAUGUAUCCUUCUAAUGGUACUUCUCAAUUGCGACAAAACGUGUCUGAACUAAACUUGUCUUCCAAUAAUUCUGCAUCUAAUACCAAAGUUCGUACAUUAGGUUACUCUAAUAAUAACGGCAACAAUUAA